CCCGCAGGCCAUGAAGCCCCCCGGGGCGCAGGGCUCGCAGAGCACCUACACGGACCUGCUCUCGGUCAUCGAGGAGAUGGGCAAGGAGAUCCGGCCCACCUACGCCGGCAGCAAGAGCGCCAUGGAGCGGCUGAAGCGGGGGAUCAUCCACGCCCGGGCGCUGGUCAGGGAGUGCCUGGCAGAGACAGAGCGAAACGCCCGCACGUAACGGCAGCUGCCGCCCGGGACCCCCGGGACCCCCCGGGACCUCCCGGGGGGGGCGGCGGGGGCGGGGGGGCCGCCGUGCUGCCAGGCCCUCCCCUCCCCGCGCUCUCCGCUCUUUAUAAAUGCGUGUUUUUAUAAAUAAAGGACAAUGUUGGGA